CUGAAGGGCGGGUUGAAAGCUGGUCGUACAUGAUUCGUCAAUCUCCUCCAUAUUAGCGCGAUAUCCCGCCCCACUUCGCAUUUCAUCGCAAUCUUUUCGGACGUUUCCAUUCCAAUAUACAAUACUGCUGACACUUCAAUAGAGCUAGUAGAAUGUACAUUUUAGUCUACAUUUCUUCUUCUUGAAUAAAGGGGUGUAGCUGUCUAUUUCACGUGCCGUAUAUCUACAACUCCGAGGUUAAAUUUGUUCCGGUUCAUUGUGGCCGGACACGAAUCCGGUCCCACCGGCUCAAUCGAGAAUGCCGUUCGUCAUGUCAACCUCACGAUAAUUCUCAGCUUGCACCCAACUUCAAUCAAAGAGCCGUCAAAUUGACCUCAAUUCAAGUCCCAGGGUAGUGCGACAGUACCAUACUUUGCUAGAACACCACAUCAUGGGUGAAACUACGACAAAUCCUCGCCAUAUCACAGCUCUAGGGAGUUCGUACGCCGCUGGUCCUGGAAUACCUCCACAAAUCAAUCGCUUUGCUGGAAGGUCUGGAAACAAUUUCGCACAUAUUCUCGCGUCUCGACUGGGCGCAGAGCUCACAGACCUCACGGUUUCUGGUGCAACUCUCAACAAUAUAUUGUCAGAACCUCAAAGUAGACCUGGUCAUACUUUCGCGCCUCAGAUCGCAGAACUCCCUCAAGAUACCGACGUUGUUCUUGUAACUGGUGGCGGAAAUGAUAUGGGCUAUAUUGGUGGCGUUACCAAAGAUGCCCUCAAAGGCACAUUGCUGGGUUACGUAUUGUCUUGGAUCUAUCCGGUCAUUAACGCUGAGCCUCUCACGGCCAACGACGUCACGAAACGUUUUGUUGAAGUAAUCGAUAGGAUUCGAGAGAAAGCGCCCAAUAGUCGAAUUUACCUCGUCGAAUAUCUGUCCUUGCUAGGAUUGAGCACCAAACCAGGAACGGGCAUCAAUCUGACAGAUGAGCAACUCCGAUAUCAUCAACAAGUUGCUGAGCAGCUAAGUUCAGUCUAUAAGCUUGCGGCUGAAGCUCGUCCUGGCUGCGAGGUUGUUUCUGUGCAUGAGAAAAGUCGUGAUCAUGGAUUGGGAUCCAAGGAACCGUGGGUUGAAGGGUUUAGCUUUUGGACAGUGUGGCAAGGAAAUCCAUUUCAUCCGAACCUGAAAGGCAUGCAGGUUGUUGCAGAUAUGAUUCAGGAGAAGAUGCAGGACAUUCAGACUGGAUCAUCUUAAAGAAACUCGAAUUAAGGAAACUCGACAUCACGUGUCCACGUUCCCCCAUUCUUUAGCCGUCGGGAUUCACCCGGCAUCUCGGAGACACUCACCAUUCCCAAACAGGCAGCUCUCCCUUUCUAUUUCUCAUCACGGCAAGUGAUCUUCUAUCGUCUAUCUUGCCUUCCUGCCCGCUUUAUGCACAACGCCUGGCAAUAAUGUCACACAGGACCACACACGGUGGACGGACGCAUGCUU